AUGACCGACGCCGAGGAGCCCAGGGCGCCUGCCCCUGUGCCCGCCACCAUCUCGGUCGAAAUCGUGUCGCCCUCGGCCGGCGUCCCCGUCCCGCUGCUAUUUCCGGACCUGUUUGGAAGGCUAAAGGCAAACCAGGGGCUGCAGCGAGUUGGCAAUUCGGUGGAUUCGGAAGCUUCGGAAGGAAUUGCGGCGUGGCAAGAGUCCAGUCUUGAAAAAGCCAGCAAACAAAGCCAAAUAACAGCAAGCGGAUGAGCUGGCAAACAAUGGAAAAAUCAUGCCAGCAGCUGUUGUGGGACACUCGUCAGGCGAGAUCGCGGCUGCAUAUGCUUGUAGCAUCAUUAGCAAAAAGAGCGCAUGGAAAACUGCUUACUUUCGUGGACACUGCGUUGACAACAGGGUAACUUUGGGAAUGGGUUUAACUCGAGUACAUCUUGGCCCCAUCGACGGGCGGCAUCUGCAUAUCUAUUUGUCC